GAAGAAAGAAAAGAAAAAGAAAAAGAAAAACUGUUCUAGUACAUCCUUUUCUUUUCCCUGUUUGGCUUUCGGGGCAUGCGCCGCAAGAUGCUCGUCGUCUGGCUGGCUCUCGUUCACCCUAAAAAAGGAAGAAAAAAAAAAAGGGGGCUAUACAACUCACAACACACAAAUUGAUAUCUGAGGAGGGCUUUGGCAGAGUGGUGCGAGUAGCAGCCAAACUACGGACUGUGUUCAGCGUGAGUGGGGGGUCGCUGCGCUGUGUGGUCGGUCCGUUUGCGCGCUCUCUCCUGUUCUACUAUUUGAAAAAAAUCAAAUAAAAAUACUUUAAUUUUAAUCUUGCUGUUGCGUCCGUUGCGAUAGCACAGCAGCGGCCGCUGCUGCCACAUCCGCUACUCGAAUGUGUUACUUUUUUGUUUUUGUUUUUGUUUUCAUUUUUCGGUGGCUGUGAAAAAUAUUUCAAGAAAUAAUAGACGCGUGUGCUGUGUGCCUUUAUUCAAAUUUCCCGUCUGCGCGAGACAUGAACACGGCGGGAUUUUGUUAUUUCUGAUUUUUUCGGUGGUGACAGUUGAACAAGUGGUGGCCACAUUUGAUUUUGCAAUUGAAAUCGAAGAAAAAACCGAAAACCAAAAAUGAAAUUGUCUUCGAUUUUGUUCCGCGAUCGCAACCGAUCGCAAGCCGCCACCAACAACACGGACAACCCAUCGGCCGUGGGUUUCUGCCCACCGAAACGCGACCGUUCCAAAUCGCUGUGCGUUCCACACGCCAUGCCGCUCAUACGGGUGGAAACGUGCCGCGAGGACGGCAGUGCCGCCGUCUCCGGAAACGUUCAAGAUCUUUUACGUAAAAGGCGAACUUCAAUGGCCGUUUCGUCUUCGUCAGAUCUGGUCUCUCGGCGAGGAGCAUUCAGUCGUCGUCAUUACGGAUCGGUGGAACUGCUGCCGCAAACCGAGACUGAGAGCGGGGGAGAUUCGAUGAAGUGCCGGCGGUUCCGGCUGGAGAACGGCGAAGGAGUCGGCGACAGAGAUGAAGUCUACAAUUCACCGACGACGCCCGUUCUAGAGAAUCCAGAGUACCAGACGCGCUGGUAUUUCAAAUACUUUCUUGGCAAAUUGCAUCAAAUUUACGUGGGCACCGACAGUGAGAAACAGCCAUUCUUCAUCUCCGUUGUCCUGACGGAUUCCAACAAUCAGGGCGCACCGCAGUACAAAGCCAUUCUCUGGAAGAAAACGGGAGCUCAGAAAAUCUAUCUGCCGCACACGCCCGGUCGGCCAUUGAACGUCAAACAGAUAUUGAGCAAUUUCCAGAACAUGGACCGUCUAGAAAAGAGCCCCAAAGAGGUUGUCUCUCCUGAACUGCAAAAGAGCUUAUUGUUGUUGGAAGAACAAGAAGGUUCGGUCAAUUUCAAAUUCGGUGUCCUCUACGCCAAAGCUGGACAAGCAUCCGACGAUGAAAUGUUUAGCAAUGAACGCGGUAGCAAAGAGUUUGAACGAUUCCUCACCAUUUUGGGCAACAAGAUCCGUCUGAAAGGUUGGGACAAGUACCGCGGUGGCCUCGACGUUAAAGGAGACAUGACCGGAGCCUACUCGGUCCACACCAUCUACGAAGGGCACGAGAUAAUGUUUCACGUCUCCACUCUGCUGCCCUAUUCAAAGGAUAACAAGCAACAAUUGGAAAGGAAAAGGCACAUCGGUAAUGAUAUCGUCAACAUCGUCUUUCUUGAUGGCACACCUGAAGAGAUGGCCGCCUUUUCACCCAACUGCAUCAAAUCUCAAUUCACACAUAUCUUUGCAUUGGUGACGUAUUUACCGGGCGAGGACGCCUACCGGUUCCACAUUUAUUCGGAAGAGUCGGUGCCCCUUUUCGGUCCAUCGUUGCCAUCGCCGCCCAUCUUCCCCAAAGUGCCCGAUUUCCGUGAAUUUCUACUGGUCAAACUCAUUAAUGGCGAAAAGGCAGCGUUCAACACGCCCAUCUUUUCGCAGAAGCGCGAACGCACACUGGACAUGCUCAUUAGAGACAUGUACGCAGAGGUUAUGACGGAACAUCGCGGGAGUCUACAGAGAAGAGCGUUGAGCGAAGUGCUUCCUGAAGGGGGACGCAGUUCCAGACGGCGGGAGGAAGCUCGUCAGGUGGAAUUCGUUCGCGUCGGUCAAGCCCUGAAAUUGGACACGAUUGUUAAAGGCGACGCUCCGACCAGUCUGGCUAAUACCGGACUAUUUCGACGUUCGCCGUGGGAGCCGCAGUGCUUUUAUCCGGAUUUCCACUACGAAAUCAUUUGCGGCGACUCGUGGUCCGAUAAUCGUCUCAUCCUGGCCACCGAAUCGGGCGUCUUUGUCGUCGAAGAGGGAGGUACCUGUCGCAUGAUCUUCGACAAAUCGGUUCAGAUCAAACAGCUGACUGUCGUCGAAGCUCAUGGCAUCCUAUUGGUGCGCACCGAUCGCGGAAGGGACAGCCGGAUGCAUGUCUUCCGCUUGUCCAGCUUCGAAUCGGACGCCUGCGGAUCCGAGCCAGCCGCUUUCAGCCGCCAACAUUUGAAAGACCAGCGCCUGGAACGAACAAAAGGCACUCACCUGUACGCCGUUUCCAGACUGGGAGGAUCUCAUCUUCGGAUGGCGGUAGCUGUCGGUAAAAAAAUCCUUUUACUUCAAUGGCGCCAUUCGGCUGCCUGGACGGCCUGGUGUCCGACGAGCGAUACAGACACGGUCGAAGGCUUUCAAUAUUUAAGGGAGUUCCAGGUGAGCGAGUCUCCGCUUGUUUUGACGCUGAUCGAUUCAGGCAAUUGCUACUCGGCUGGUGGCCAAGGAGAGAAUCAGAUUUGCGUCGGUUAUCGACACCAGUUCGAUUUGAUCAACGAGCGCACCAGCGAGACGAAAAGAUUUUACAAUGUCGAAGGCAAGUGGGCCCAUCUAGUGGCCGCCAUCGACGUCUACGAGGACGAAGAGCCAGAAUUGCUUCUUUGUUUCAACAAUACGUGCCAUUUUCAAAAAUUGGACGAAAUCAAUGCGUCCAGCGAGCACGAUUUUCAUUGGAAUUCGGUGCCGGAAAGUAUAGUCUGCGCUUUCCCGUACAUUUUGGCCUUUACGGCUGAUUCAAUUGAAGUGCGACUAGUCAUUAAUGGCAACCUGAUCCAGGCGAUGGUCAUGCCCCGUUUGUCGCUCAUUACUUCCAAGAGCGACGUCUUCUUUGCCACAACGGCACCCGAGUUCUUCAGUCUGCGAGGUACACGCAUGGAUCACAAGGAUUCGUCUCCGCCUUCGUCGCCUCAUUCUUCACCAGAUGGCAAACCCUUCCGGCUGUACCGAAUCCAAUUGAACAAUCUCGGUGGCGGAUCGGCCAAUAAUUGCGCCGCGACGCCCGUCUCCACCACCCCCAUUCCAGCUAGAAAUCUGAGCCGAAGGUAUCUAAUGGAUGACGUUUCGGCUUCACCGCCUCCGGCCGGUCGAGGCGGUGUGUCUCGAAUGGCGCGACUGAACAGCCGGAAAGAUUUGCGCAUCCGGCUGGAACAGCAAGGUGGGGGCGGAGGACCCGGAAGUAAUCCAGGAAGUCCCGGGGCAAGUUCCAACAGUUCGCGAGGUGCCGGAAGUGGAACGGGAUUCAGCCGGAGCUGUACCGCGUCGCCAACGACGGGGUCGACGUCACCCAACGCGCCGUCGUCGCCGCGUUCUUCGUGUUCCGGUUCGCCGAAAACGCGACCGCCCCAAGGCAACACUGGACUGGGAGGCCGCAAACUGAGCCUGAUGGCCGAGGAGCUGGAAGGUAUGCGUCACGUCUUUCUGAGCCCACCGCCCAGCCCCAAACUGUUCUUCAACAUCAAUCCGCAGAAUACGUGGGAGGCUUUCAAAUAGUUUUUCUUAUCGUUCCAGGCUAAGACACAAAAACACUGUCUCGUUGUUGAAAACGAGAAGAUAAACCACCCCUCUCGGAAACUUCACUUUUGUUUUGUCGUUGUUUUAUAUUCAAAUCAUUUACUAACAUCAUUAUCUGAAUUAAUAACCAAAGAAAGAAACAUCAAACAAAAAUUAUAUGAUUUAUCAAACAUCGUCAUCACCCAAUGUACACAAACCAUCCCCCCGCUCCGCCCACCUUCUAGCCUGUGACCCCUUUGUAAAUCUCAAAAUAUUAUAAUAAUAUUAUAUCAAAUCCUAACAAAAGGAAUAUCAUCAUAGCCAGAUUUUUAAAAUUAUCUGUUAACUUCUCCAUCUAAUCACUUCUCUCAGUCUCUUCUUGCUCUUUCUCUCUCCAAUUGAAUGUGAUUCCAACAAACCCAAAUCACCUUAACCCGAAUCCAGUGUGUGUGUUAUUGCUCGUCAAUCAAAACUGUCUGUGAACACCCUCCACCUCCUCCUCCUCCACCCAAAAUAGGUGUGAUUUUUCUAGCCGUGUACGGUUUUUUCAAGCAUCAACUAUAUCUAGUCGUGCGCAAGUCUAUCCAGUUCUGCACCUGCCAUCCGUUUUGCAGCAUCGUUGGCCUCUGCUUGUAACGAACAAAGACGCACCCCCAAGGGUUUUCAUUCGUAGAAAACUACCGCAACUUGGGAACAGAUUGACGACCGUUCGGAUCCAACUCCUUGACGUGAUCUUAUAAUAAUCCGAUGUCUCUCCCUCCUUCUUGAACCCAUACGCUUUGGAUACUGGAUUUUCUUUCAAUACAGAAACAAAAUUGCGA